UCUAGGGCUUUGUUGCAGCCAUGCCGAAGAACAAGGGAAAGGGAGGGAAGAAUCGCAAGAGAGGAAAGAACGAGGCCGACGAUGAGAAGCGAGAGCUCGUCUUCAAGGAGGACGGGCAGGAGUACGCGCAGGUCUUGCGCAUGCUCGGAAACGGCAGAUGCGAGGCCAUGUGCAUCGAUGGCGUUAAGCGCCUGUGCCAUAUCCGUGGCAAGAUGCACAAGAAGGUCUGGAUCGCCGCCGGUGAUAUUAUCCUUGUCGGACUCCGCGAUUAUCAGGAUGACAAGGCUGAUGUUAUCUUGAAAUACAUGCCUGAUGAAGCAAGGCUUCUGAAAGCUUAUGGUGAGUUGCCGGAGAACACUAGGCUUAAUGAGGGCAUUGCAGGUGGACUUGAUGAGGAAGAUGAUGGCCCUGGCGACGAUUACAUUGAAUUUGAGGACGAGAUUGACAAACUCUAAGAGAAUUUUACUCAAGUCUUUUGCUGCCUUUCGACGUUUAUAAAUUGAAAAAAUGUGUUAUUAUUACAUGUAAUAUUAUUACACUACUACGAUGGAGAAUGUUUGAAUAUGGCAAUAUUACAUUUGAAGUUGCAAUGUGUUUUCUGUUCA